AUGGAAGAGAUGGAAGAAGAGUUAAAAUGCCCUGUGUGCGGCUCCUUCUAUCGGGAGCCCAUCAUCCUGCCCUGCUCUCACAAUUUAUGUCAAGCGUGCGCCCGCAACAUCCUGGUACAGACCCCGGAGUCUGAGUCCCCCCAGAGCCGUCGGGCCUCGGGCUCUGGGGUCUCCGACUAUGACUAUCUGGACCUGGACAAGAUGAGCCUGUACAGCGAAGCAGACAGCGGCUAUGGUUCCUACGGGGGCUUCGCCAGUGCCCCCACUACGCCGUGCCAGAAGUCCCCCAACGGCGUCCGCGUGUUCCCGCCGGCUAUGCCGCCACCGGCCACCCAUCUGUCACCGGCCUUGGCCCCGGUGCCCCGCAACUCCUGUAUCACCUGUCCCCAGUGCCACCGCAGCCUCAUACUGGAUGACCGGGGGCUCCGCGGCUUCCCCAAGAACCGCGUCCUGGAAGGGGUAAUUGACCGCUACCAACAGAGCAAAGCCGCAGCCCUCAAGUGCCAGCUCUGCGAGAAGGCGCCUAAGGAGGCCACCGUCAUGUGCGAACAGUGCGAUGUCUUCUACUGCGAUCCGUGCCGCCUGCGCUGCCACCCGCCCCGAGGGCCCCUAGCCAAGCACCGCCUGGUGCCCCCGGCCCAGGGCCGCGUGAGCCGGCGGCUGAGCCCGCGCAAGGUAUCCACCUGCACAGAUCACGAGCUGGAGAACCACAGCAUGUAUUGCGUGCAGUGCAAGAUGCCUGUGUGCUACCAGUGCUUGGAGGAGGGCAAACACUCCAGCCACGAAGUCAAAGCUCUGGGGGCCAUGUGGAAACUGCACAAGAGCCAGCUCUCCCAGGCGCUGAACGGACUGUCAGACAGGGCCAAAGAAGCCAAGGAGUUUCUGGUGCAGCUCCGCAACAUGGUCCAACAGAUCCAGGAGAACAGUGUGGAGUUCGAGGCUUGCCUAGUGGCCCAGUGUGAUGCCCUCAUCGACGCCCUCAACAGAAGGAAAGCCCAGCUGCUCGCACGUGUCAACAAGGAGCAUGAGCACAAGCUGAAGGUGGUUCGAGAUCAGAUCUCUCACUGCACAGUGAAAUUGCGCCAGACCACAGGUCUCAUGGAGUACUGCUUGGAGGUCAUUAAGGAAAAUGAUCCCAGUGGCUUUUUACAGCUCAACAGAAACCAGGGUCACACUAAUUUCUGUUUAGCUUCCUCUCCAGUCCCAGCAACCCCCAUCCUGCAGCUGGAGGAGUGUUGCACUCACAACAACAGCGCCACACUGUCCUGGAAACAGCCACCUCUGUCCACGGUGCCUGCGGAAGGCUACAUUCUGGAGCUGGAUGACGGCAACGGUGGUCAGUUUCGGGAAGUGUAUGUUGGAAAGGAGACGAUGUGCACCGUGGACGGUCUUCACUUCAACAGCACAUACAACGCUCGCAUCAAGGCCUUCAACAAAACAGGAGUCAGCCAGUACAGCAAGACCCUGGUCCUCCAAACGUCUGAGGUGGCCUGGUUUGCUUUUGACCCCGGCUCGGCACACUCUGACAUCAUCUUCUCCAAUGACAACCUGACUGUGACCUGCAGCAGCUACGAUGACCGGGUGGUGCUGGGGAAGACCGGCUUCUCCAAGGGCGUCCACUACUGGGAGCUAACUGUAGACCGCUAUGACAACCACCCUGACCCUGCCUUCGGCGUGGCUCGCAUCGACGUGAUGAAGGAUGUGAUGUUAGGAAAGGACGACAAAGCUUGGGCAAUGUAUGUGGACAAUAACCGGAGCUGGUUCAUGCACAACAACUCGCACACCAACAGAACUGAGGGAGGAAUCACCAAGGGGGCCACCAUCGGGGUGCUCCUCGACUUAAAUCGGAAAACCUUGACAUUUUUUAUCAACGACGAACAGCAGGGGCCCAUAGCCUUCGAGAACGUGGAAGGCCUGUUCUUCCCGGCCGUCAGCCUGAACAGGAACGUGCAGGUCACGCUUCACACCGGGCUCCCAGUCCCCGACUUCUACUCCAGCAGAGCAUCAAUAGCCUAA